UCACAGUCCGGAGGAGCUGCCGCUGCCUGGGCAGCCGAAAGAAUGGAGCAAUAGGCAGCAUGAUGAAGCUAUGGCUCUGCGCCGCCGCCGCGGCCACCGCUAAUUACGCGGAACACAGCGCCGAGCGCCUCCAAACACAGCGUGACAAAUGCCCCUGGACCGCAGCCAUCAAAAAUGACGGAGGAGGCGACGAAAUAGCUUAUGAAAGAGCGCCCACGGGCCUCGCGGACAUCUUUUCGUCGAUGCUCACGGCCUUUUGGUACGCGACGCUCGCCCGGCGGCCGCUCGCCGUGCACUGGCCGGAGAGCAUCAAUACGGUCGACAUUGCGAGAAGGACGCAAUACAACCGGCCCCACCGCCUGAACGCGAACGAGACCUACUUCAAGAGGACCACGGAGAACUUCAAGGCGAAUCUUGAAAGGCGCAUCACGACGGGCGACUGGCCUCGAGGGAGGUGGACGCUCUCGGGCAAUCGCGGCAUUAGUGGCUGGCUCUUCGCGAACCAUAGACACGCGCUGAACGCGUCGGGCGUCGAUGCGAGGGACGCCAUCCAUGCGGCGGGCUGCGCUUUGUACAUGUUGGCGCGGCCUCAUGUACAAGCGUACGAGAAGACCGUCGCGCCCUUGCUGGCGAAGCUCGAAACCGCGAAGAAGAAGGGUCCUGUCGUGUGCGUCCACGCGCGGACGGGUCUCAUGCCCGAGCUGCGCCGGGUCGACAACGGCAAGCGCACGCGGCCCGACGACGAGAUGCACGGGACGCGUUCAUCAAGCAUUACUAUAGAUGACGUGCGCGGCGUCGUGAAUUGCGCCCAAGACGCGGAGCGGGAGGCCGGCGGCGCGGCGUCCUGGUUCAUCGCCGCGGACUCGGCUUCGCUCCGGGCGGACUUCGCCGAGAAGUUCCCCGGCAAAAUCCUGCUCGCGGACUGGGCGCCGGACCCCUUCGCGGCGUACCAGGUCGGCGGCGGGUCGCGCGGCGGCGGCCGGCGGCGGCCGCGCGCCCGAGCGGAGCCGGGCCAGCUGCGCGAGGCCCUGGCGCGCACCUUCGCCGAGUGGUACGCGCUGUCGCGCUGCGACCACCUCGUCGCCUCGCGGAGCGGCUUCUCGCGGACGGCCGCGGCCGUCGCGGUCGCGACGCGGAACGCGACGGUGCGCUACGUCGGGCGGCUCGACGCGCCCUGCCGGCGGGCCGACGCCGGGUCGUCCACCGAGCGGUUGCUCGUCGAGGGCGGGGCGGGGCUCUGA